CGUUUGGGAAAGAAUACCAAAGAGAGAGCGAGGCUCUGUGACUGGGAGGAGUGAAAGUGGUAGGGACUAAGGGAGGAUGUCGCAGAAAGGGAAGAGGAAGGACGACGGUUACGCCUCCGACGGCGGCUCGGACGGCCAGGCGGAGGCGGCGCCGCCUCCCAGGAAGGCCGCGCGGCAGGACUCCGAUGAUUCCGGCGACAUCGUCGCCUGCGAGCUGUCGAGGAACAGGAGGGUCACCGUCAGGAGCUGGCACGGCCAGGUCGUGGUCGACGUUCGCGAGUUCUACGUCAAGGACGGCAAGAGUCUUCCUGGCAAAAAGGGUAUUUCACUCCCCAUAGAUCAGUGGAAUAAACUUGUGAAGUACAUGCCUGAAAUCGACAAGGCAUUGGCGGACGCAUAGGAGCUAGUGACCAAUCUUGUUGGCUGCUGUUUUUGCUGAAUCAACCUGCAGCUCAUUUUGCUUUGUGGCUGGAGUGAACUGGGGUCGGCCGACAUGUACAAUGUUGUGUAUUCAGUUGUGAUUCUCUUAGCUCUAUAUAUAGAACUCGGGACGUAGAGUCUAUGUACUUUUAAGCUUCUUGAAGAGAGCAUGAUUAAGCUGCCAAAUACACCUAUCGGCAAAUAUACAUUUUGGUUAAAAGGAACUCUUUUGUGCUCUGAUUUAGUCGAAGGAUUUUGUUUGGGAAAA